AUGAUCAAGGCACCAAUGGGGAUGGUGAGCGCCCAGCUAAAGUACAGCUGGAGAGUCACAGGCCCUAAGCUCUUUACUAGGGGUGUUUCUACUGCGGAAAAUGCCAAGGUCGUCUUGGAGCCGGCCCCUGAAAAUAAGGGCAAACCGCCAACCAUGCCAGAGCGCUUCGUCAACAGUUUGCCUGCUAACUGGCAGCCAUAUGCUCGCCUUUCCCGUCUCGACAAACCGAUUGGAACCUGGCUACUAUAUACACCAGGUACCUGGUCUAUCACAAUGGCAGCCUAUGCUACUGGGGCACCGGCCAUGCAGACAGUAUACAUGUUGGCACUUUUUGGUGUAGGUGCCCUUGUGACUCGUGGUGCUGGUUGUACUAUUAAUGAUAUGUGGGAUCGCAAGCUCGAUGCUGGUGUGGCCCGAACAAUGCUUCGGCCGCUUGCCUCUGGCCAGGUGACCAUGCCCCAAGCCUGGGGCUGGCUGGCUGCCCAGUGUUUUGGCGGACUUGGAAUUUUACUCCUGCUACCUCCAGCUUGUUGGCUUUUGGGUGCAGCCUCAAUGAUCCCAGUUUUCCUGUACCCUUCAUUCAAAAGGUUCACAUACUACCCCCAAGCUUGUUUGUCUUUCUGUUUCACGUGGGCCGCUUUGCUCGGGUUUCCCGCAAUGGGAAUGAUGAAUUGGCCUGCUAUGCUUAGUCUCUGGGGCUCCUCUUUCGCAUGGUGCAUGAUUUACGACACCAUCUAUGCACACCAGGACAAACUGUUUGACAUCUCUGUUGGCAUCAAAAGCACUGCCCUCAAAUGGAAAGAGCGCAGCAAAGAAAUCAUGUACCGCUACGAAGUUGUCCAGAUCGGACUGCUUGCUCUUUCUGGCGCAAUUGUUGGCAUGGGCCCUGGAUUCUUCGCAGCUACUGGAUAUGCCGCAUACAGAAUUUGGGAUAUGAUCAAACGGGUGAACCUGGACGAUCCUUCGAAUUGCUGGCAGUGGUUCCUUCGUAACAUUUACACUGGCCAUGCAAUCUUUGGUGGUGCCCUCUUCGAUUAUGGUAUGCGCAUCCUUGGUGUCUAUUAA